ACCCUAGAACAUGUAAUAAGAUGACAAUUCGUCAGGUGUUGCUGUUUAAGAAAAGCAUUUUCUUGUCCACUGUCCGCUUAUUCAAAGUUUCAUAGACGAGCCAGGGAAGCCGAAACUUUUUGCGUCCCUAAUUAGUAUUGCCUUCACAUUUGCCUAGUAAUUACCUGUUGCGUGCACGUGUUUAUCAUGUUUGUGAUCGCAAGAUGCUCAUAACUGUUACGAUCAUUAAACUGAACAGAGAUAAUCUAUGGUAGCUGCAUUUUACGUCGUUAUUUGACUUCCUUCUGGUAGGGGAAUUUUGUCGGUAAAGCUGUUUAUUUCUUCGCCUAAUCUGUGUGACUGUAGUUAUUGGCGAAUACACGUUACCGCUGAUCGUUGUUUAGAAAGCCUGCGAAUAUUUUGCAUUAUUAUCGCUGGUACUGACAGUCUUGUGUAAAUAUGCAAACAAAUGAAAUUGACGACUAGACGUAUUUGGGCAAAAUUAAAUAUCGUUAAGAGAACUGUCUGUAUUGGUACCAAUACUACACUGCAAGAGUCUUCGCCAUUCCUCUCGCAACGUCUAGCUUAUCAAAAAGGGAUCUCGUGAUAGGUAUUUUACAAUCACGUGCAUUGCUCUAUUGUUUGCAUCAUCACAAAUUUGCCUUGGCAGCCGGUAUACAAAGAAGGUAAGAAAGUUCAGUUUUGUGUUUAUGUUUGUUUCGUUAAGCUCUAAGCCUCGUGAAAGCUUUCCUUCGCCUCACCAGAAAUUGUCACCAUCGUAAAGACGUUGCCCAAAUGUUCCAAUUCAAACAAGGAUUUGAUCUAGUUACUGCUCAGUUUCGUUUCAACAAUCAUUUUGUGACCUAUUUCAGUCCUGUAUUGAAUUUCAUCGUAAUAUUAGUGAUAACCUUUUGAUAUUAUGAACUUUUCUUGGAAAGUAAGAUCAUACCCUUGUUUUGGUUUAUAUUUUCCUGGGGUUUUUUCAAUUUGGAACAGUCGUUUGUGUAAAAUUAAUACGUACAUUAAUGUUUCUUACUCUAUACUGUCUCUAUACUUUUCGUUACAGAAAGUCUUGAUAAAUCUGUUAUAGGAACCAAGUGAGGGGUGCACAGAGAAGGGCACCUAUUAAAGGAAACCUCAUUGAAGUCACCUAUUGUAGGGAACCUAUUGAAUAGACACUUAUGGGAGGGCACUUAUUGAAGGGCAACUACUUGAUAUUUUUCCAUCUUUUGAAAAGUAAAUUUAAAGGUGGUCUGAAAAUUUCCCCUAUCUAUUUUCAGCAUCUUAAAAACUGAAAGAGACUGACUCGACUCGCCUAUCAACGGUUAUAACCCAAGUCGUAACUACUAUGGUAUUUAUUUAGGGCUCGUGUCCCUCCUAGAAUUUCAAAAUUCUUUGUUUUUGACAAGCUCAAAACCUUUUAUUGAAGCAGUUAUUAUUUUUUCCUUCCUGUUUGAUUUAAAUGCAAUUUUUCAUUGCUUUUUAUGUAUAGUUUCCCGCAAAUAAUUUCCCAAAAUCGCUAAAGUUGUGUAAAUAGUUGAAUCUGCAUUUCAAUUAAUCUAAGUUCAUAUGCAAAUUCAAUUAAAUCAGAUUGGCUGAGAUAUGGCCACAUUAGCACAUGCGCUUCCCCCACCUAAUCACAGUAAUCUGGUCUUUGUUCAUAACUUUAUAAACAGAGCCAAAGUAUCAGUGAUCCGUUAGUAAACUUCAAAUCUUCUAUUGGCCAUAGCUCACCCGAAUUUUGAAAUAUUUAACUGAUUUUGAUAUCAAAGAGUAUUUCAAUGGAAGGUUAUGGAGUCAAAAUUCAAAAAUUCUAAAAGCAUUUUUUGAUGUUUCACUUAAGAACUCUAUUGGGUGUCGUUGCUGAAUACUGCGAGAAAAUAUUACAUUUUCGAUAAAAGAAACAUGAAUUUGUGCAGUUUGGUGCUUUAUCUAAAUAAUCAGAUAUUAUCAAACCUUUUUGAGAACAUUGAAGGGGAUGAAAAAUAAUUUGACAAGUCACCCAUUCCUUCAAUAUUACAUUGAAAUAGCAAGCUGUUUUCGACGGAAUGUCAUAUUAAAGAAAGGUGCCGUAUUUCCAUCUAUACGAGGACCUGUUGGAUACCAAUGAUGUUGCUAUAAAUAUUUUUUAUUAGAAAUGUAACACAAAAAGUGCCUACCAGUCCUUUGACUGGCUACUGCAUGUCUUUGCUGAAGAGAACCAUUUAUUAAAGUUUUAACUGAUGUCGGCGAAGCAAUUACCAUGAAACAACCGAUUAGUUGAUUGAUAUUCGUCAAUAUGCAAAGGCUCUCUGAUAUACUUCCGAAUUAUCAAGUAGUAAUUAGGUUCAGGUGUUGAGAAUAAUACCACAUGCUUCACACACACAACUAACUCCCAUGCAAUAUUGGUGAUAUAGGUUGUAUUUAAAUCCAUUACAAUUUCGGCCAAAAAUGUACAAGCAUCAAAUCCUUUUAUUGCUAACUCUGUGCUUCUUGAUUAAGGAAUGCUUUACCAUUAUACUUUGACAUAUCCACAAUAACGUAGUUCAAUGCUGUGACGUCCUGAAAACAUUUCACCAAUGACCUUCGAAGUCUUUUGUCCUUGACGCAAUAUAAAUAGCAACCAAUUUUGUCUGGAAAAAUCGUCAUUUUGCUGCAACCAAUGACGAAUUUUUUUAACAUAGUUUUUUCAAUCUGUUUGUGGUAUCUAAUGUUUUUCUUUAGUAUUUCCGCCACUUUUCCUAGCAGGUUUCUUCUUUGAACCGACUAAAUUUCCAAGCAUAUUUUUAGUUGGAGUGAGUCCAUGUCUGUAGAAAUGUCUAGUUAAACAGGAAUGGAGACAGAAUGUCACCUUGUCGUACCUCAACUUGUACUUCUGUUUCAUUUGCAUUAUAUCUUUUGACUCUUUACUGGAAUUCAAUGGGAGCUUAUGAAACUGAUUCUUAACACUUUUGCUAUUUUCAGACAGUUGAUGACAAUUGAUUACUGUUUGCUAUUUGUAGACAAAAAGAAAGAAUAUGGCUUCAUCAUUGUGCUCAUUCCAUUGUAUCUAUUGCAAUGUGUCAACAAUUGCUUGUUUUUCCUUAUGACAUUUCAAUUGGAUUUCAUGAGCGAGCAAAAUAUUCUACAUACAAUCCUUAUCAAAAGUCUUGUUACACUAAGCUAAAAUUUUGCAUAACUUCAGUAGCAUCCCCCUCGACCCCUUGAAACAAUGUUGAAUAACAACAGUUUCAAAGCUUGAAAUUCAACGAGUGUAACUCUUUCAGCUAGAGUAAGUGAGAGGCUUUUCAACCAACAUUGCUUUGGGGGAGGGGGAUAUUUCUGUAUCUAACGGCCGGAACCUUUUUUUUUCAUCAAAAUCUUUCAUUGACCGCUGUGUGUUCCAAGGAAUUUUGGCAAGGAUUGUAGUUAUAAACAAGAACUGUUUAUUCUGUUUCCACAUUGUCGUUUUUAGCUGCCAAUUCAGCUUUGUCUUCAAGCAAUUUUUUAGUAACUCAUUCCUAGAAAAUCUAGUAUUUGCAUGGAAUGUGUAAAUGAGCUGGUGUUCCCCAUAACUCUUGUAAUCAUUGAAUUACAGAAUGAAUCACGAAUUCUUCCGGUGUCGUCAAAUUGUUGUCACGAACAGAUCUUUAUUGAUUUCUACUUGUUUCUCUCAGCACGGAUGCGGUUUCAUUUUUUCUUUGAAAGAUAAUUCUUCUAGUAAUCAUUUGAAAUGUUUAUAAGCACCUGUUACUUGCAGUCAAUACCGGUCUCACAAAUUAGACAAAAGCUGGUCUCUCAAUUAGCAGUCUGAUCGCCGUUGACAACAUUCCUAAACUGGUAUCAGUGUUAAUAGAAGUUAGCGGUAAAUAAGAUUGAUUUCAAGAAGGUAUUCCCAGUUUGCAAGCAAGUUCCAAACUAAAUCUCCUCCAUCUCGUAUACCGACAUAUGAUAAAUGCAAGAUAGUCCAUCAAGUCACUUGCUGAUUUUUUAUAUUACCCCAACCCACUACCAUCCCCCUAAGCGCUUCUCCAAGACAAAUCUCUAUGCUAACAAAUUGCUUAAAAUACCGACCAAUAAGAAAACACCCCCAUGUUACUACAUGUAUCUUAAUGAUAUAUUUCUACAUGUAUCAUAUUAUUAUCUCCAUUCACUAAGCAGGUUGAAUUUUUUAUACAGGGAUAGAUAAGCCUGUGGGGCCCCGUGGGCACAUGCCCCCACUCUUUACAACACAUACAAAGGUACCCAUGGAGUCAAAAUGUUCCUUUCUUGAAAAUGCGAGCUAAAAUUGUUGUGCCUCACUACUGUUCAUAUGCUUUCUACUCCCUUGCAAAAAUGCCUGCUAAUUUCUUUCUUUGUGGAUGAUGGUGUUCAGGUAAAAACGUACUAAUUGUGCUUUUAUCGCGUAAAUCAGAGUUUUUUGGAAGACGUGAUAAGGAAGGCGUUCCUUCAAGAUCAGAGCAGUUCAGCCGGAUGCUGAACACAUUUACCCGUCGCUUAUUCAAACACCCUGGAAGAAUUGUGAUUGCGUGUAAGAAAGGUCCGGCGCAUUCAAGAUGCCUGCCGAUGCCUGCCGAUGCCUGAUGCCAAUUAAAUUGGCUACGCUUGUAAUAGGGGUUUUUGCAUCAAUUUCUGUACCAUUUCGUUGUCAUAAGUGCAUGCAAUAUAUGUUGAUGUCUGCAGCUUCCAUGAGUUUAUUUUGAAUGUCACAAAAACUUGCUAUGAUAAGGUCUAUUGUGGUCAUAUUGUUAGGUGCAGACUAGAUAUUGAAUGUUAAAUAGGUAUGGGGAAAGGUGCAUUAAUUUGAUUGAAGUAUUUGGUCAUAAAUUUCCUUGAGCUGUUUAAAUAACACUACUUUUUGGAUAAAUCUUGGUUUGUAGCUCCCGAUCUUUUGUUUUCUGGGCAAUUAACAUUAAAGUUGUAUGCAAGGUAUUAUAUAACAGAAUUUUUCUCAGACCUUCUCCUGACCCUUUCAGUUUUGCUGACAGGACCCCUUUCAAAGGUUUUAACUCAUGAAAAUGUAUAGAAAAGUGGCGAAAUCAGCAAACAAACCUUUUUGUCUUCUUAGAUUAUGUGCAAAAAAACCAUUGAUGAAUACGGAUGAGAUGUCGAUUGUAAUGGAGGAAACACUUAACCUGUUGUUUCUUGGCCCUCGAAAGUUAGGAUAUACCUCUCCCAUCCCCUACCUAUAGCAGCAUAAGUCCCUCAACCGCCUCUCUCAGACACACAACCCCUCUGUUCACCGCCCUCCUCACAUCAUAGUUGAUAUAGUGUGCUCACACAGACACCAUAUCGCAUGCUUAUAUGAGCUGAAUGUCUUUAUUGACGAUUCAGAGGUGAAUAACUUUUUCCGAGGGGCAUUUCACUUCCAAAGAUCCCGUACACCUCCUCUGAAAAUCCAAAAAAAUCCUUAAAUCCACAAAAAAUCCUUUAGAAAUCCAAAAAUCCCUGGAAAUCUUUAUGUGAUCCUAAUGCUAUUCAAAUCUUUCAAACUUUCCAUUAACUACGAUUUUUUGCAAAUCUUAGUAAUAGUUUGGAAGAUGUAUUAAAAAGUCAGCUAAAGAGUGCAAUAACUUCAACAAUGGCCAAAUUAAUACAGCAGAGACAGAUCAGGGCGCUAGUAUUGCUGAUCACACCAAAUCUAUUGAUCCCACUAAGCAAUAUAUAUUUGUCUUCCAUGGCAGAUGUAAACAUUUUGUCAACUUUCGUUUUUGCCUUUGAGCUUGAGCACAGGCACCGCGAAGUGUUGAGAAAAGUGGGGGGAUCUAAAAAAAGUAGGGCUAAAACCGAAUGAUAUGAGGCUUUACUGGUCGUUCGCUUCAAAAUAAUAUACAUUUUUCGCUAAAGCCCCCCAGCCCCCUUCUCCACGGUGCUUGGAGCAUCGAUUUCCUUUUUGUGCCAUAACGGAGCAUUAUAUUCCAUAUUUUUUGAAGAAUUUCCUUAUUCUACAAAUCACUUUGAAUCGUGAUUUCACAACUACUAAACAUCAGCUUAUCAUAAAGGAAUAUUGUGGAAGUAUUUAAUGGCUACAGAGGGGUUGGCCUAAAAUUCUUUGCACUUCUAGCCCUUUCCAGUUAACAAUAAUAGCAGAUCCCUAAAUUUCAUAAAUUCGGGGUGAGGGAGCAAAACAAGAGAUUUAAAAUUGUUGGGAAGCGCCCAACAAUUUGAUGCAAAACUUCAUUUACACUCGAUACGCUGAAGUUUCUCUUACAAUACACACAAUGAAUUGCAUUUUUAUAGUGUUCCUAGGUGAUGACGUCACAAAAAUCUAUUUUCAGAAUAUUUGAAUUUGGAUCCCAUAAUCCGAAAGAGCAUCAUAAAGCUCCUCUAUAUGUGCAAAAUCAGCGAGAUAUGUUACGAAGUGGCUGAGGAAUGGCCACAUUAGCGCAGUCUGAUCUUCUGUUAAACUCUCUAAUUUCCUUUCUGUUCAAACUUUGUAAUCUGCUAGAAAAAUUUCUAAUCUUUUUGGCCAAAUAUCACCAGAUUGUUUACAUAUAUAACCAAUUUUGCAUUUUCAAAAGCAUUUCAGGAUGCUCUUUUAGGUAAUGUGGUCAAAAUUCAAACAUUCUAAAGAUGGAUUUUUAUGACGUCACACCCCAGAACUCUACUAUGUUUUAAAAACGUUGGAGUCGUAUUUAGUGGAGUCAUCUCGGCUUCGAUUUCAUUUACUUAAAAGUAUUACUGACUAGUUUACGAAACAUUAUUUUCACAUUUUCAAAGAUAUUUAAGAAUAGAAUAUUUUACAUCCAUUUAAAGUCCCUGGAAAUUUUUAGGAAUUUCCAAUAAAUCCGGAAAUCUCUGUCAAAUCUUUUCAGAAAUCGGGAAGUCCCAAUAAGGACUUAAGCAUUCCCAAAAGUCUCAUACGCUUUUUUAGGUAGUGAAAUGCCCCUCGUACCUUGCCACAUGCUUCUUUCUGAUUGCUUAUCAUCUUUUUGGAAGCAGAAAUCUGGUAUUUGCUAUCUACGUGGAGUCAAGUAAUGCUGCUAAGUGAAACAGACAAACAUAUUAUGUAAACGAAUUUGCGACCAGCAACGUAUUGACUGGUAGCCAUCAUCUACAUAAAUAUCUUCUAGACUAUAUGAGUAAUUAAUGUAUAAAGAUCGUCACUAGGUACCAGCUAUUUUAAAGAUUUGGCGACAUAUCUCGUUUACAUGUAAGCAUGGGCUAGAAUAGAUUUAUUCAGCUGUUCCUAGGAUAAAUACGAAAACAUCAGGUAGAUCAACAAAGCAGAAUCGUUUUUCGCCUCUUCAGGCUUGCAAAUCUAUAGCUACGUCCUUUAACUUCUGAUCUCUGGCUUUUGAUAACUCGUGUAAUCCGUUCUUUUGAGAUCUUUAACACCAAGAAUAAUGCAAUUCAUCAGAAAAGUCAUCAAUGUGGACAAGGCCUAAGUAACACGGUUCUGUGAUUUCUAAGAAGUAAGCUACUGGUUGAACACUGCACGAAUCAUGCCCUGAUUGGUUGAUUUACUUAGAAAAACAUGCGCAGAAAUUAACAGCUGUCUGCGCAUUUAUUGUGGUCGCCAGUCGAGGGUGUCAACAUGCAGAUCUCGGCACACUAGCAUGCGAAUGAAUUUGACAACAGAGAAUGCUCUGAUCACGAACUUCGCUAGGCCCAGCGGCUAGAAACUGGCGGUUCAUGAAUAAUUUGUCUUUAAUGUUUAUGGAGAAACCUUUCCUGCGGCAAGAAAGUGACAAAUGGAAAGGAAUGUUUGGCCCUUCGACCUCAACUAUGAGCAUAGUUGUUGAACUCCUAUGCUAUACAACGUGUUAUCGACAGGGCGGCGAUGCCGAGAAGUUUGCACGUAGGGCAAUAGAAUCACUUGUAAAGAAACUGAGAAAGAAAAGUGAUGAACUGGAAAGCCUCGUGGCCGCCAUCACAACGAAGGGAAGGCAACCAACGAAAUGCGUGACCAUACCACGAACCCUUGACGGCAGACUUCAGGUCUGCGAGAGAAAAGGAUUUCCUCAUGUGAUAUAUGCGCGACUCUUCAGAUGGCCUGAUAUCCACAAAAUGGAACUUCGACACUUAGAUUGUUGUCAGUUUGCAUUUGAUUUGAAGUAUGACGUCGUAUGUGUCAACCCUUACCAUUAUGACAGGAUAUCAUCUACCCAAGCAUCAGAUGCCGGAAUGAUGCACCCAAACAUGCAAUCGAAAUGCAUGAAAUGUCUCCCCAUGGAAUCCAUCGAGCACCAAGUGCAUCCACAUUAUCACCCAGCCUAUUUUUGCGUAUCCAAAAUGAAUGGUGCUCCACAGGAAUCCCCUCUGCUCUCUGCACUUGCUAUUUCGUACCCGCCUCGAAUACCUUGCGCUGCAGAUCCUUUUCCAAUAAUCGUGCAGCAUUUGCUGUGGCAUACGUCUUUGCACCAGCAAGGCAUGGAAGCAGACACAUUUGCGCGAAGAGCUGUCGAAUCACUGGUCAAAAAGUUAAAGAAGAGAUACAAUGAGCUGGACGCACUUAUCACUGCAGUUGCCUCCAAGGGAUCAAUACCAUCAAAAUGUGUAACGUUACCAAGAACGCUGGAUGGAAGACUUCAGGUUGGAGAACGCAAAGACUUCCCCCAUGUCAUUUACGCACGGCUAUGGAGGUGGCCAGAUGUGCAUAAAAUGGAACUCAAACACUUGGAAUCUUGUCAAUUUGGAUUUGAUAUUAAAGAUGAAAAUAUCUGUGUCAAUCCAUAUCAUUAUCAAAGGGUAAACCCGCCAGACUGGUUUAAUAUUGCAUCAGACGAACUAACUCCGGCAAAUCGUGAUGAUCGAAAUCCACAAGACCCCAGUGUACCGUCUUACUACCAAAGACGAGGCUCAGCAUCUCGAAUACCAGAACAGACGUCAACUUAUCAUAUCGAAAGAACGCGUCACAAUUCAGGCUCCAAGAACUCUGACACUCCUAGGCCAGAAACAAUUUCACACACCGAGGGUCAAUCUAGUUUAAAAAGAUCUUCUGACAGAGGAAAGAAGACGAAAAAAGACGUUAAAAGAAAACGAGAUGAUUUAGUAAAAGAAGAGAGUCCCGAACCCAGUAUAGAAGUUGAUGUUGUGGAUGUUGCUUGUUCAGGAGAGACAUCACCUAUCAGGAGUGAAUCGGUAGCAAGCAGUGCAAGCAAUGUUUUUGAUCAGGCUUGGGGCAAGAGAUGUGUGUUUUGCAACCUAGGUCAAGACAACAUAUAUUUCCCAGUUGGAUUUAAUCGUUAUGGACCUAUUGUUGUAAAAACAAGAAGAAAAAGCGACUCAAAUGGCGAUAUUUUUAGGCCUUAUCUUCAUUGUGAGAGUUCUUCAUCUACCAGAAAGGCUUCCCCUGAGAAGGAAGAAAUAGUUGAUACAGAAUCUAACACUUUAGGGACUGGGCAUAAUGAGAGUUGCUCUAUAGCUGACUUAGUAGAUAGAUAUGGUAUAUUUUGGGCUCACGAUGCCUGUUUGCUGUGGAGCAGAAGUCGAUCGAAAAGCAUCGAGAAUGAUUAUGCUGACAAUAUCGAAGAAAAUUUAUGUCAGGUUUGUCAUCAUUGUGGCAAGUUGGGUGCCAGCAUCACAUGUCAGGCAGCUGGAUGUUCUAGAAACUUUCAUCUACCUUGUUCUGUGAUCAGUGGCUGCUAUCAGGACCUUCAUACGAUGGUAUUAUAUUGUCAAAGACACCUUGAGCGAGCACGAGAUAAAGCAUGCUGUAAAGUUUGCAAGACUUCUGGAGAUAUUUCAUCUCUCAUUCUGUGCACGAUUUGUCAAUAUCACAUUCAUACAAGUUGCUUGUCAAAAGAUACAAUGGUCAGUCCAAUGAAAAGGUUGACGUGGAAAUGUGAAACUUGCUCAUUAUGUCAGAUUUGUAGAAAAACUGACCCAGAAGAUGGAAUAAAAUCUUGUUCGAGAUGCUUGAAAAGUUACCACAGGCAGUGUAUCUCCUCCGAUGGUUCCAGCAGCAUGGAUUCCGAUCCUAGGUGGAUCUGUAAAAACUGCAAGUUAGAACUUACACAAGAACAUGAUAUGGAAAGAAAGCCAUCGAUAAACAAUCCUUGCGUCACCUAUUCCCCUGAAUCUUCUCCUACCCCGUCAAAUGGUUCACGUGAGCUGAAUUCUGUAUCACCUUCUGCGAGUAGUUUGAAUUCGAAAGAUGCUAUCGAAGUUGAAUCACGCAAUUCGAAAUGCUCGGUAUGUGAGCAAGACGUCACCGGAAGAAAGAUUGAAGAAGAUGCUUUGGUGUGCCGAUUUUGCUCUAGCCUUGUUCAUGUGGCUUGCGAUCAUGUUCCGGUUGAAUUAAUCGACUUGUUAAGAGAUAAGAGAUAUAGUUGUCCAUCAUGUAGAAGAAUUAAUGGUCUGAAGAAAAUUGGUAGAUCCCAGGUAACUCAUCUAACAAAAAGUGGCAGCAACGAAUCCAAGUCUCUCCAAGACGUCUUGCCAAGUGGAGCAGAAACGACAAGUAGUACAAUACCAUCCAGCUCAGGUAAACUAUUCGAUGCUGAAUCACCUCUAACGGCUGCCUUGAUAAUAACGGAACCAAUUACAUGGUCGCGAUUGAAAGUUGUCUAUUCGUUUGAAUAUGAUAGAACUCCACAUUAACAACGUUUUAAUCAUUAUUGAUAAUUCUGUAGUUAGAAAUGAGUUACGGAAAACUGAAAGCUGUCAAUCAGAAAGAAUAGUCAGGAUUGUUUUCAAAAGAGGAGCAUUGACGGUCGGGCAGGCUUCCUUUUACCUACCUAAAAAUUACUUACACGUUUACUUUUGAUACAGAACGGCACUGUUAUUAUAUUCAUAUUUUUAGGCUUCCAACAAUAACCUAAUGACCCUGGGCAUUCCCUACUGCUUUUCUUAUCUCUAUAUAUUCAUAUCUUAUCUCUACAUUUAGUGUAGCAUGGCAAGACUAAUGGCCAAUAUGUUUUGGGUACUUAAUUUUAAAGCCUUUUCUUUAGCAAUAGGUUCUUGUUUGUUAGGAUUUUAUUACCUUUGAUGGGGAGUUUGACGUUUUGUAAUUAUUUUUGCUGUGCAAUGGUUUGCAAUGGUAUAUUUGUUUAUAUUGCUUUAUUUUGUAAAUAUUUUACAUUUUUCAUUAUCAACCCAUUCACUUUCAUUCAUAUAUCUAUCGAUAAGAGUUGUACUAUAUGUACCCCGAAAUGAUAAACACAACAUUUUUUAAAUAGUAGUUUAGAUGUUGUUUUGCUUCAAGUUUUAAACCGAAUUCAAUCCUUUUGAAUACCAAGGGGCUCAUUAACGGAACUCUCUUUCGAAUGUUAAGUAGCGUUUUCCCUUCUAAGACAUGAACCCCAAUUUUCACAACUUUGUGCCAAAUUUGGCUAGAACUCGUCAAAAACAAAAUUCCUAAAACAAAAAGGCUUAGUUUGUAAUUCUUUUUGUAUGAACAUCAAUCAUUGUUGUUCUUCUUUAAUUCACCCAUGUGUGAAUUUCAAAAUGACAAUAGCUUUUAUCAAGUUUUAUGCAGCCCUAAUAAACCCUGCUGAUAUAUGAUACACUUUUUAAGCUAAGCAUUAAAAUACACGACUCCAUUUAAGUUAAUAACAAACUAAAAAAAUUUUAUCUUGAAAUGAAUCCUGCUGGCCAGGAAUAUUUUUAUGUUUAUGUCACCCAUUAAAGGUAUAUAUUUCUUCCUUGCUAAUAAGAGUCUUUCUUGCAGGAACUUUUUAUUUUUAGAUUCUAAAAAUCCCUGACAGCUUUUUCGUAUUUUAUUCAAAUUCACCUUUCUACCCUUAAUCUUGGUAGAUCAAGGUAGAUCACCCAAAAUUAACAUGGUUCUGUGGAAAUUCUGCACCCAUUUAAUUAUGUUAAUAAUUUUUUCUCAUCUAAUACACCAAAGGUACUGUCAUCAUUUUUGUUAUAUUUUUGUUAUAUAUGCAAUGGUAUGUCGUAUUUAUUACAGCUUUUGUAAAUAUCCAAAUCUCCGAUAAAUUUUUACUUGUCAUUUAAAUCUAACGGCAGAAAAAUGUGCAUUGUCAUUCGAAGCACUGAGUAAAUAGGUACACUUUGAUCUAAACAUAUUGAUAAAUGUAUUUUCAAAUAUGAAUUGGUUCGAUUUUGCUUGAAUAUUAGAGUAUUUUGUUAAUUUAAUUGAGAUUUAUAUGAUUUAUGUGAUUUAAAUUUUCUUGUUUUAAAAGAUGAUAUGCAUGUACAGUACAUCCUACAUAUAUACCAUAUUCUACAUACAUAUACAAACACAUCAACAAUAAAUAUGUUCCAGUCAAUGGUAUCUGAUAUUUUGUGUUUUCUCUGUCCUCCAGUUAAGUGAAGCUUUUUUCAAGUGACUGACUGACUGCCAGCCAGCAUUAGAUUUUGUAUUAAUAUAUCUAAAGGUUGAUAAAUAAAUUAUAA